AUGGCAGCCACCAUGCAUCAGAAUGAAGAACGGACAGAGCCUUUCGCCGGAGGUUUCUUCAUCAGAGGCAAACCCCGGGUGAACAUUCAAAGCCUCCCGGCGCAGAGGGCCCUCAACAUCGGGGGCCCGGGCAUGAUGACUCCCACGUUCGCCGCGCAAUGA